CCGAGCCGUACGAUCCCCCUCGAGUCCUUCGGUUUUGGUGUUUUCUCGUGUUGUCUCGGGCUUUUCCCGCGGGCGGCUGUGAGCGCCGCCCGAAUGUUUUGGCGUCGGAUAAACAUGGCGGAGCUGAAGGACUGUGCAGAAAUGAAGGAUUCCUUGAAGAUCAUCGGCUCGUAGAGAUCCAGGGAGAGUUUGCAGCGUUAGUCGUGUCUGUCAGAGUUGAUGAUUCAGCAGGAGAAGCCGUUGGCGGGCAGCAUGCCGGUGGUUUGGCCCACGCUGCUCGACCUCAGCAGAGAUGAGUGUAAGAGAAUCCUGCGCAAACUGGAGCUGGAGGCGUACGCCGGUGUGAUCAGCGCUCUGCGAGCUCAAGGAGAUCUCACCAAAGACAAGAAGGAGCUGCUGGGAGAACUGACUCGAGUGCUGAGCAUCUCGACGGAGCGUCACCGGGCCGAGGUGCGCCGAGCGGUCAAUGAUGAGCGUCUGACCACCAUCGCGUAUCACAUGUCGGGGCCCAACAGCUCCUCGGAGUGGUCCAUCGAGGGCCGUCGGCUGGUUCCUCUCAUGCCCAGACUGGUUCCUCAGACGGCCUUCACCGUGAUGGCCAACGCGAUGGCCAACGCCACGGCACACCAGAACUCCUCGCUGCUGCUGCCCGCCGAGACCGCCAACAAAGAAGUGGUGGUGUGUUACUCCUACACCAGCACCACCUCCACUCCACCCAGCGCUUCAGCUCCGAGCAGCAGCAGCACCGCAGCCGUUAAAUCUCCUCGACCCGCCAGCCCUGCAUCUAACGUGGUGGUGCUGCCCAGCGGGAGUACGGUCUACGUCAAGAGCGUGAGCUGCUCCGAUGAGGACGAGAAACCUCGCAAGAGGCGGAGAACCAAUUCCUCUAGCUCCUCCCCCGUGCUGCUGAAGGAGGUGCCUAAAGUAGCCACGCCCAUUUCCAAGACCAUCACGGUUCCGGUGAGCGGCAGCCCUAAGAUGAGCAACCUGAUGCAGAGCAUCGCUAACUCGCUGCCUCCGCACAUGUCCCCGGUGAAGAUCACCUUCACCAAACCCUCCACCCAGACCACCAACAGCACCACCCAGAAGGUGAUAAUCGUGACCACGUCUCCCAGCUCCAACUUUGUGCCGAACAUCUUGUCCAAGUCCCACAACUACGCUGCCGUGUCUAAGCUCGUGUCGAGCGCCGCGCUCACCGCCUCCAGCCACAAACAGACCAUGGUGAUCUCAGCCGGCUCCGCCGCGGCCCCGGGGCCCAGUCCUGUCGGCGUGACGACCAUGGUGUCCUCCACUCCUUCGGUGGUGAUGUCCACCAUCGCGCAGGGCGGCUCGUCCGCGGCGGUGAAGGUGGCCUCCACUCGUCUGCCGUCUCCUAAGGCUCUGGUCAGCUCUCCGUCUCAGAUCCUGCAGAUCCCUAAAGCUCAGCAGCAGACGGCGGUUCAGUCUCCUAAAGGCCUGCAGGCCUCGUCUCCUCAGAGCGCCGCCGGAGCCAAACCCACCAUUCAGAUCAAACAGGAGUCCGGAGUGAAGAUCAUCACACAGCAGAUGCAGCCGAGUAAGAUCUUACCCAAACCGUCCAGUGCAGCGCUGCCCAGCAGUAGCUCCGCCCCCAUCAUGGUGGUCAGCAGCAACGGAGCCAUCAUGACCACUAAACUGGUGUCCACUCCCACAGGCUCUCAGGCGACGUACACUCGGCCGUCUGUGAGUCCCGCCAUCGGUGCUCGAGUGGCCACGUCUCCCGCCGGAGCCACGUACGUCAAGACCACGAGCGGCAGCAUCAUCACCGUCGUGCCCAAGUCUCUGGCCACGCUCGGGGGAAAGAUCCUCACCACCAACAUGGUGUCGGGAACCACCACCAAGAUCACCACCAUCCCCAUGACCUCCAAACCCAACGUCAUCGUGGUGCAGAAGACCACCGGCAAAGGGACGACCAUCCAGGGUCUGCCGGGGAAGAACGUGGUGACGACGCUGCUGAACGCCGGGGGAGAGAAGACGCUGCAGGCCGUUCCCGGAGCUAAGCCUGCCAUCAUCACUGCAUCGAGGCCCAUCACUAAAAUGAUCGUGACUCAGCCCAAGAGCCUCGGCGCCGGCGUCCAGCCGUCCACCAAAAUCAUCCCCACCAAGAUCGUCUACGGACAGCAGGGCAAGACACAGGUCCUCAUCAAACCCAAGCCCAUGGCGUUCCAGGCGGCGGUGGUCAGUGAACAGACCCGGCAGCUGGUCAGCGAGACUCUGCAGCAGGUGUCCCGCAGCACCGAGACGGCGGCCGGCUCCGGUCAGGACGGGCCGCUGAAGGACGACUCGUACACCGACAGCAGCCCGGUGACCUCGGACAGCGCUCACGACGCUCCCCCAGUGGUGCACCUCAUCACCUCCAGAGGGCAGGAGUGGACGGAGCAGGAGGUGUCUGUGGAGGCCAGUCCCACCAUCAUUUACCAGGACCUGAGCGGAGAGGCUCAGUCAGCCACCUCCACCAUCAAAGCCCUGCUGGAGCUGCAGCAGACCAGCGUGAAGGAGAAGAGCGAGGCCAAACCUCGUCAGCACACCAUCGAUCUGAGUCAGAUGGCCGUUCCCAUCCCGGUGACAGCGGAGAGGAGACAGUCCCCGGAGCCGUCGGGCCAGAGCGCCGCAGACACGGACCCCGGGGCCGAGUACAUCCCCAUCGGUAAAGUGUGUAAGGCUGUGAUCGGAGGAGACGUGUCUGCAUCCAGCAGCCCGAGUCCAUCGGCGCCGUGUCCCGCCCCAGCAGCGCCUCCCACGGUCAAGAGCUCCGCCCCCGCCGCGUCUGGACAGAUAGAGGCGUGUGCUGCGCAGGUGAAGCCGCUGCAGGAGCAGGUGUUGGUGGAGGAGGGCGAGCUGGAGGGAGACACUCUGGAUCCUCAGACGGGUUUGUUCUACCGCUCGUCUCAGCAGCACCGCAGUCCUCCGCCAAAACCCGCAGCCGGCCCGUCUGACACGCCCACUUCCUCCAAGAGGGCGGAGCCUGCGGUGGCCCGAGUCUCGGUGCAGAGGGUGUCUGCGUCAGCGCUCGCGCGUUGCGCUGGUCUCCUCCACCCUCCACACACACCACAGCUGCCCAGACUGCAGCAGGCUCCCUCCUCGCACCACCGGCCCAACACACACACGCAGCUGUCCCAGCCGCCCCCGCUGCAGGCCCAUCACCCCGUGGGCUCCGGCAAGAUGCCCGGCUGCGGCCAGGUCCAGCAGCCGAUCAUCACACAGGGUGCGGCGGUCACUAAGAUCACGUUCGGCGCUCACCAGUGCCCCCCGGUGUCCAGCAGCGGCGAGGCAUCCGGCAAGGUCCAGCCCGAGUCCAGCUCCGGUCGCCGGGCGGCGGCUGAGAAGACCUCGGUCUCGGACAUCCUGAAGAUCUCCAUGAUGGAGGCGGAGAUCGACCCCAGCGCCGAGCCCAUGGUGGUGGACUCGUCCAGCGACUGCGGGCCGCUGACCAAAGCCCCGAGCGCCUCGCCGCUCAUCAGCAGCUCCAAACAGACCCUCGCUCACGGAGCCUUCAGCCGAGCCAAGAGCAAAGACCUGGACAUCAUACAGGUGAUCCCGCAGUACUCCAUCAUGCCCGACUCCAGCCAAUCAAACGUGGUGGUGGAGCCCAGCGGCUUUCUGGAGAUCACCGACUACACCAGCCAGCGUCUGGACGAGGAGGCCGCUAUGGAACAGGAAGUGGACAGCAGCAACGACGAGGGGGCGGCGGCCAGCCCCGUGGCCGACCAAUCACAAUGAAGCGUGCGAAUCGGACUCAUUGGAAGACGACCUUCUGUUUGUGCUUCAUCACGGCUGUAUAGAGAAUCAUGCAGUGAGUUUGUGCCGUAGAGACAAACCUUACUUUAUGGAGAAUCCGAUUCCUGACGGAACGAUAGGAAAGUUUGUGUUGAUUUCUACUUAAAGGGACAGUCCGCUAAAAAAUAGUCAUUCUGCCUUGAGUUGAUCAAACCUUCGUGAGAUUCGUUCUUCUGUUGAACACACAAGGAGAUAUUUAGAAGAAUGUGGGAAAACUAACAGCCAUCGGUACCCAUUGAGUUCCAUACUAGGGAAAAAUACAAUGGAAGUCGGUGGGUACCGGCAGAUACUUGGUUACCAACUUUCUUAAAAUGUAUCUGAAAUGUUGAAGACAGUAAAAUUUCAUCUAAUUUUUGUUUAUAAAAAGACAAUUAAUAAAACUCAAUAUAUAUUUGAAGAAUAUGUGCAUGUAACCAAGCAGUUGACGGUAGCCAUUCAUUUCCAUAGUAGGGGAAACUCAAUGGGGAGUAAAAAAAAUGUUUAAAAAUUCAUACAAGAUAUUUCACAAGAUAAUAUAAUUUCAAGUAGAUAUUUUGAAGGAUGUUACAUGACGGUAGCUAUUGACUUCCAUGGUGAGGAAAAUAUACAGUGAAAGUCGAUGGCUACCAGCAGCAUUCUUCAGAAUAUUCAAACAGGUUUGGAACGAGCUGAUGAUGAUCGAUUGACGACAGAGGGAUCACUUUUAGGUGCACUGUCCCUUUAAUUUAUAGUUUUAAUUAGAGCUGAUGGACUGGAACCUUCCAGAGGAUGAUGAUGAUGAGCGCUGCUUCAUCAGGACAUUUCUUGACUCCGCCUCCGCUUGUGUUCUGCUCUCUGAUUGGUGUAAAUAGUGUUUGUUGUCUCAUUCGAGUCUGGUUUGUGCUGAUGGAUGUAACGCUCAGCAUUUUAACUCAUAAAAUUUACUACAAA